AUGGUACCUCCUCCAACCAGAAGAUAUGACACAGCCUGUCAUUACGCCUCAGAACUUGGUUUUGAACUAUCAUUUGCCGCAAAUGGAAUGUGGACCGUAACUAUUCCAAAAGUCGAUGACGACAAUGUUACCACUUACACUGUUUACUCAAACAAUGGAAAUGCAGAACAAUCUGAUAAAAUGUCAUCCAUCAUCAAACACUUUACCAAUCUUCAAUUAUAUAAACGAGUAAAAGAAGAGGAAGUAGGUGUUGCAAAGAAACGUUUGUGGAGAAUAUUUCAUGAACAUUGGAUACACUGGAUCAAGGGUUGGACUCAUAUCCCGGCUCAUAUCGAAGCAACAUUUUGGGAAGCAGUUUUGUCUUUAUUACCAAAUAGAAUGUCAUUAGUACACCGUGAUGCAAGUUCAAAUGCUGAUAGGAGAUGUAGGUUGUGCGCAAGUGCUGAUGAAUCAAUUGAACAUUUAGUAGUUGGAUGUACAGGUAUGAAUAAAUUCGGUAGAAUCACCCGUCAUGACAUGGUUGUUACUGAAAUCAUAAAAUCACUUAUUAAACGUUAUGAAAUCCCCAACAUCACAAACUUCAAGGCACCCAUCUUCUCAAACUCUUUAAAGGAAAACAAUCAAACCAUCAUCAAUGUUGAAAUCUUACGUGAUGUUUGUUUUAAAAACUCUGACUCAAUACAAAAUAAACCUGAUAUUGUAGUCAUUGAUAAAGUAAAACACAUCAUCCGUGUUAUUGAUGUUUGUAUCCCUUUCGAUGUCAUAGGUGCAUUUGGCAGAAUUAUAACUAAAGAAGUUCUCCACACUGAAAAAGACAUAACUUUCACCAUCAAAUCUCUCAAAGAUUGUUUAAAUCUACUACCACUUCCUGAAAACGAAAAGGUACACUUGUUCAAAAAAUUACCAAGAGAAGCAAUAAUUGGUACUAUCCUCUCUCUUCAAAGUUGGACCCAAAACUUUAAAUCUUCAUAA